GAUGCAUGAUCCCUGCACAGAAAGAGGCAGCACCACAUACUUGUGAUGUCCUAUAAAUAUAGAGCUACCUACUUUCGCUGCAUAUCGGUUGGCGGCGCUGGAUGUUACUCCUUGUCAGCCGUUGCUCUCGAUCAAAAGAAAGCUUGAUGAGUCUGUCUAUAUUCGGCAGACUUUGCAGACAGAAACAAGCAUUGAACUUGACCAGAGUCGGGUCCCGGCCCUUGUCCAUCGCGACUUUGCGAGAUAUUCCCACACAAAACCACGCAUUCAGGCAUUCGCUGCUGUCACCAAGAAUAACGCAAGUCAGAAUGUCAUCUUCAGGCGCCAAGAUCACCGAAUGGGUGAAGCCUGACGACACGUCGGGCGAGUUCAAGCGCCAGGUGUCGUCGUUCCGCAACUUCAUCUCGCGCGAGCAGGGCGCGCGGUUCCCGCCCGAGAAGGGCCGGUACCACCUGUACGUCAGCUACGCGUGCCCGUGGGCGACGCGGACGCUGAUCGCGCGCCGGCUCAAGGGUCUCGAGGACUACGUCUCCUUCUCGUCGGUCCACUGGCACCUGGGCGAGCAAGGGUGGCGGUUCGCCACGCCCGAGGACGCCGACGCCGAGGGGGAGAACGUGGUGCCGGCCCCCGUGGAGGAACACGCCGGCUUCACGCACAUCCGCCAGGUCUACUUCCAGGUCGAGCCGGCUUACGAGGGCCGCUUCACGGUGCCGGUGCUGUACGACAAGGUGGCCAAGACCAUCGUCAGCAAUGAGAGCUCCGAGAUCCUGCGCUUCUUCGGCACCGAGUUCGACCACCUGCUCGAGGACAAGUACAGGAACGUGGUGCUGUACCCGGAGGCCCUGCAGAAGGAGAUUGAGGAGACGCACGAGUGGACCUACGACAGGAUCAACAACGGCGUUUACAAGUCCGGCUUCGCCACCACCCAAGAGGCGUACGACAGGAACGUCGUUGCCCUGUUCGAGGCCCUGGACCGGGCCGAGAAGCACUUUGCCACGACCGAGGGCCCGUACUGGUUCGGCAAGGAGAUGACCGAGGUCGAUGUCAGACUCUUCCCGACGCUCAUCCGGUUCGACCCCGUGUACGUGCAGCACUUCAAGUGCAACAUCCGCGACAUCCGGUCCGGCUACCCCCACCUGCACGAGUACAUCCGCCACCUCUACUGGAACGUGCCCGCCUUCAAGGACACGACCAACUUCCUGCACAUCAAGAACCACUACACAAAGAGCCACAAGCAGAUCAACCCCUUCAGCAUCUGCCCCGUCGGGCCGCUUCCCGACAUCCUACCGCUCGACGAGGAGGUGCCCGCGGUCAAGGCUGCCGGCUCUGUCUAAGGAUCCAGUUGGGUGAUGAGGGAUUAUGAGCACGAUAUUGUUUCAAAUCGCUCACUUUGUCGCUGUUUAGAAAAGAUGAUGGAGGCUUGAGAUGACUUGGUCAGGAUGAGAAAUAACGCAUUUGAAUGAAGCAUUGCACGAUAAACACAUCGAUCCUGGUUGCUGACCCUACUCGUGCGGGCUAAAAGCGCCUGCAAUUUAACGGUCCUCCGGAGUAAAGUGCGGCGGGGCAAUUCGACGUUUUCGGGGCAAUUCGACGUUUUUUUUGUAACACUUUUCCCCACCCAAAUUAGCU